AUGAGCCCGUCCAAAAGACACCAGAGGGGGCUCAAGAACCCUCCCCAACUCCGCACCCGCACACUGAGGUCCAGCAAGGGCAAGCUCCUAUCCGAUCCGGCAGAGAACACACAGCAGCUCACCAAUCAGCUCAGGCAACUGGGGCUCUACGCUGCAAAUACUCUCGGCGACGGCAACUGCCUCUUCCGUGCGCUCUCUGACCAGCUUUACGGCACAGAGUCCCACCAUAUACAACUUAGAAGAGAUAUCUGUGACUGGAUCGACAAACACCAUGCUCGCUAUGAGCCGUUCGUCGAGGACGAGCGUGGGAUCGACGUUCACCUGCGCCUCAUGCGCCAGCCAGCUACUUAUGGCGGCCACCUCGAAAUCUCUGCAUUUGCCCACAUGGCCCGAAGGGACGUCAAGGUGAUCCAACCUGGCCUAGUCUACGUGAUAGAAUGGGCAUCUGGCUGGGACUCUCCCACCCUCCCCGCCGACUCCCCCUUGUACUCGACAGCCCCUGUCGAGUCGCAGGAUGAUCGCUCCAGGCGUUCCAGACGAGAGAAGAAGCGUGUGGAGAAGGACAAGGUUGUGAAGCGGCCUCCUGAUGACGGAACAGAUGACGAUUCCGACACUGGACCUAUUUAUGUUGCCUAUCAUGAUUGGGAACAUUUCUCCUCCAUUCGAAACCUCCGCGGUCCCCACCAAGGGAUUCCACACGUCCGAGAGAUGCUUGCAGUUGACAUCGAUGAUCUACCUCCACCACCUAAUCCAAAGUCAAAGCCUCCAUCCAAAGCCAAGGCGUUAAAGACCUCAUCCAAAGCUCGCCUCCCAACCCCAGCCCCUCCUACGCCCUCCCAAAUCCCUCUUCCCCCAUCUCGAUCCAUCUCCCCUGAGCCGGAGCCCACGUCAUCACGGCGGUCCCCUAAGCGCUCGUUUGACGAAUCAUCGGGAUCAUCGCAGGCGUCGGAGAGCGCUGCGAAACGCAGUCGACCGAACGAAGACAUGGACAUAGAUGAAGGAGGCGACGAUGACGACGACACACCCGGCCUAUCCGAGACGUUCUCAACGGCAUCGUCCACCUCUUCCUCACCGCCACCUCCCGCCGCUCCCGUCGAGCGCCCAUUAACGCGCCGCCAGCGAAAGCUCCUUGGGGUGCCGAAGCCGCGCUCCCCUGUCGUCGUCGGGCGCAGCGCCGGCAAGAUCGUGAUCCCCGGUGGGCGAUACCGGCGGCCCAGCUCCGCGCGCAAGGAGGCUGCCAGGGACGAGAAAGACACGGACGGGGACGAGGAGUGGACGCGCAACGGCGUCGGACGAGUGGAUGUGCGUGGGUUCAGGGAGCUUCGAAUCUAG